AUGGAUUCACCGUAUUUCAGCAACAACACUAUGGUGUACGGUAGGUUUUUCUACAGUACCCCCGGGGGUACUGUACCUACAGUAAUCCCUCAGAAAGGUUUACCUGGGUUCAAAGUUUAUCAGUAUUCAAAAAGAGUUUUAUCAACAAAAAAUUUUUGUUUUAUUUUAUUUUUUUUUGUGAUUGUGUCAAACUAAAUUUUUAUUGAUUUUUGAUAACCGGAUUUUUGGCGGGAAAAUUUGAAAAUUCAAAUUUUGAUCUACCUUUCAGAUUGGUCAAUGUGUUCACCGGAAACCACCACAAACACAUCAUCAAUUCUGAACUCCGCCAAAGAAUGUGCAGUUUGUGGUGCUCCCUCGAAUGGCUAUCAUUUUAAUGCUCCAAGUUGCUCAGCGUGUGCCGCAUUUUUUCGCAGAACUGUCACGCUGAAUCGCAAUUUUCAAUGUGCUCAACAAUCGAUUUGUAGGGUUAAUUAUAGUGAGUUUUUGGGGCCUUAAGAUUCAAAAAAAAAAAUAAAAGCUCUCACCGGGAUUCGAUCCGGGACCUUGUGAUUUAUAAAUAAUUUAAAUUUUUCAGCAAUGCGUGUAAUUUGUCGAGCUUGUCGAUAUCACAAAUGUGUUCAGAUGGGAAUGGAUAGGUGAGUACUGUAGAUCGGCGAAAAAUUUGCCACGUGGAAUUUUUAGCGCGAAAAAUUUGAAUUUGAAUUUUCCACGUGGAAUUUUUUCAUUUCCAAAUUAAAUUUUGACACGUUUUUUUAAAAUCAAAAUUUGCCACGUGGAAUUUCUAGGCGCGAAAAAUUUAAAUUCAAAUUUUUCCACGUGGAAUUUUUUAGCGCGGGAAAAAUUUGAAUUUGAAUUUUUCCACGUGGAAUUUUCUGCUUAAAAUUUUUCAGUUCAAUUUUUCAAUUUCGGUCACGUGGGUUUUUCGGCGCGAAAAUCUUGAAUUUGAAUUUUUCACGUUGAUUUUCAUUUUGAAAAAUUGAAUUUUGCCACGUUUUUUCAAAUCAAUAUUUGCCACGUGGAUUUUUUGGCGCGAAAAUUUUGAAUUCAAAUUUUUCCACGUGGAGUUCUGGGGGCGAAAAUUUUGAAUAUGAAUUUUUCCACGUGGAGUUCUAGGCGCGAAAAAUUUGAAUUUGAAUUUCGCCACGUGGAUUUCUAGGCGCGAAAAAUUUGAAUUUGAAUUUUUCCACGUGGAAUUUUCUGCGCAACAUUUUUCAGUUCAAUUUCUUAAUUUUGGUUACAUGAUUUUUUGGCGCUAAAUAUUUGAACUCAAAAUUUGCCACGUGAAUUUCUAAGCGCGAUGAAUUUGAAUUUGAAUUUGAAUUUUUCCACGUGGAAUUUUUAGGCGCAAAAAAAUUGAGUUUAAAUUUUUUCACGUGGAUUUUCAUUUUGAAAUUGAAUUUUGCCACGUUUUUUUUCAAAUCUAAAUUUGCCACGUGGAUUUCUAGGCGCGAAAAAUUUUGAAAUUGAAUUUUGGCCACGUGGAUUUCUAGGCGCGAAAAAAUUGAGUUUAAAUUUUUUUCCACGUGGAUUUUUGGCAUCAAUUUUUUGAAUUCAAAUUUUUUUGGCACGUGGCAUUUUCGAAAUACAAUAAUCCAAAUCUCAAAAACUAGAUACUGUAGCUUGGUAGAUCAAAAAACCUCCCGUUUUUUCCAGAAGCGCAGUUCAACCGCGACGCGACUGCAACGCAGGUCGUCGAAAAAUGCUCUACCACGAGAUCAAACACAUCUCCUCAACAACUUCCACCAUCUCAAAUCCAUCACCUCCCCCACCUUCACAAAUUCCAGUUUCGCUGAACCUUUUCCAAGACUCUACAUCAAUUUUUUCAAACUCAACUUCAAGAUCCGGAAAUUCACUACGCUCAGAGUUAUUCGAGUUCGAUUUCCGAGGAAAUUUCGCCGAAUUUGGCGAUUCGCAAUGAUUGUUUUGAGGCCGAACAACUUUUGGACGAUUUAUUGAGGGAAGAGAGAUUAUUCAAUGAGAGACGCAGAAUGUUAUACUGUGCACAUUCGAGUAUUUCAGAUUUAUUGACUAAUGAUAAUUUGAAUGAUAUUGUAAGUUUACUGUAGCUACAGUAUUCCUACAGUACUCCCCGUUAUUUGCAGCCUUUCACCUGUUCCGAUCUUCGUCCUCUCACAUUUUCUGGAAUUCAAAAACAAAUUCGCCCGCAAAUUUUAUUGAUUUAUGAAUGGUUGCGAGGUUGGCGCCAUUUUCAAAUGUUGGACACAUCUGAUCGAUUUAUUUUCUUAAGACGAUGUGUACUGUAUCAUACUGUAUUGGAUCCCUCUUAUUUGACCUAUCGAUUGGGUGAGAUUUUGAUUGCUCAUGUUCCUUUAAAGCUACCGUAGUCUAACUCAUUUUUUCCCCAGGUUUCCCCACAAAAUACGUGAUGUUUAAUGCAAUGUAUGUUGGAAUUGAUGAAAAUGAUCAGACUGGUUGGGAAGAUGAAGAUUCUUGUAUUAAAUCGGAGCUCAAGAAAAAGUAGGUUUGAAUUUAGCGCCAAAAAAACACGUGGUUAAGUGCGCUCCACUGCAAAUAAUCAAUAAAUACUGAUUUUUUGAAAAAAAGCAAAUGCGCUCUACUGCAAAAAAUCAAUAAAUAGUGAUUUUUUGAAAAAAAGCAAAUGCGCUCCAAUGCAAAAAAUCAAUAAAUACUGGUUUUUUGAAAAAGUUUCAAGCAAAUGCGCUCCACUGCAAAAAAUCAAUAAAUACUGAUUUUUUGAAAAAGUUUCAAAUAAAAAAAAGCAAGUGCGCUCCACUGCGAAAAAUCAAUAAAUACUGAUUUUUUGAAAAAGUUUCAAAUUUAAAAAAAAGCAAAUGCGCUCCACUGCAAAAAACCAAUAAAUACUGAUUUUUUGAAAAAGUUUCAAAUAAAAAAAGGCAAAUGCGCUCCACUGCAAAUAAUCAAUAAAUACUGAUUUUUUGAAAAAGUUUCAAGCAAAUGCGCUCCACUGCAAAAAAUCAAUAAAUACUGAUUUUUUGAAAAAAAAAGCAAAUGCGCUCCACUGCGAAAAAUCAAUAAAUAUUAAAUAAAAUGAUUUUCAAACAACUUAUCCGAUUUUUUGAAGAGAAAAAGGAUUCGAAACAAAAUUUGAACCAAUCAAUUGAUAAUUAAAAAUUGCAAACGCGCUCCACUGCAAAAAUAAAUGAAAAAUGAAAUAAAAUGAUUUUCAAACAGCUAAACCAAAACAGUUUUAAAUAAAAUUUAAAUCAAAAAUCAAAGCAAAUGCGCUCCACUGCAAAAAAUCAAUAAAUAUUUAUUUUUCAGACUGUACCGCCCUUUAAUGGAGCGAACAAUAAAUGAAAUAAUAUCAGCAAUGCGUGCCUCAAAUUUAAGUUUCGUCGAAUUCGUUUUCCUGAAAGCGCUCGUCUCCUUCAAAGCCUCAGCUUCAUCAGACAUUUCGAAAUCGCUCAAAAAAUUCAUGCAUUCACACAUGGAUUUGAUGUUGAAGGUGGGAAUUUUCCCGCCAAAAAUUCUGAAUUCAAAAAAAAAAAAUUUUUUUUUUCAGGCUCUCUCCCUCCACUACCAAAGUUUAGGCCUAUCAAAAGAAGAAACUGCUCAGCGGACAGGGAAUCUGGUGCUUAUGAUGAGCAAUGUUUUUGUGAGUUUGAAAGUUUUUGAGCUAAUUAGAAACCAUAAUUAAAAUUUUGCAGGCUGUUGGUAUGGAAUGUCUUGAAUCGCAUCAAAAAAUUCAAUUUUUCGACCUAUGGCAAUUAGACGAUUUGCUAAUUAAGUUAAUUAAUCGAUCAGAUCGUUGA